GAUGCUCGAAAUCAGAUAGUUUGCUCACAUCCGCACACGCAUCGCAUGCACGUCGAUAUCUAAACAGGCCCGCACUCCCCACUCCUCACUCAGAAGACCAUGUCCAUCAGCUCUCCGUCUGUCUCUAUCUCAUCCCCCCCUGACAACUCUCCCUCUCCCUCCCCCUCCCCCUCCCCCUCCCUCUCAGCAACAGCAUCAGGCACCACAAGCUUCGUACCAUUCUCGCUCCCAGCAUCGUCUCCCUGAUUCGCAACACUGUCGAUUGGGCACCGCACCGUCAGCAGCCCCUCACCCGCCGACCAUCCAAUACGAGACAGGCACGACUCUACAGGGAAGGGAAAACGGAGGGACAGCAGGGUCGUGUGGUCGGUCUCGGCGUCUUCUGCUCCCCGCGACUUGACGCCGACGCUCAGCCGCCGGUCGGAGAGGUGGAUGUCGAGCUCUUCCCGGAAGUCGAUUUGUCUCGGACGUCUCUUGCUGGCAUCUGCCGAGGCCUUGGGGACUUUGUACUUGAGUAGCUUCACAUGGAAGGCCACCCAGUAGUGCAUGUCUCUCAGCUCGUCGGCGAGACGCGUGGCCUCCCGCUCCUCUGCAGACGGGCCGCUGUCUGUGGUGUCGGGUGCGUCGCUCUUUUGCUGCUGCCCGAACAUCUUGCCCCAGUUGACAAUUGCAGUGCCCUUCUGGGGCUGUUGUGCUGAUGACACUGGAGGGAAGAGGGGGUAUCUGAACGCGUCGAUGGCCUCGGCAGCUGAGACCGUAUCUGUCGCCAACUCAUCCAGCAGCGCCUUGCAUCCUUCAAGCUCCUCCUCCUCCUCCUGCGUGGUGGUCUCGAAAGAGAAUGAGGGAAUGGGGGGCGACGGCAGCUUCGUUGCAUCGUAGAACGACACCGCAUAGUCCGUCUCAUAGAGAAACAACUCCACCAGGCCGAGACUCUCGUUAUAGGACGAGACAACAACGCCACCAGUGGUGUCUCUGCUGUCGUCCGAAGGGCUGGUGUGGGGCUUUUCUGUCUCCUUAAUGGGUUCCUGUGGCUGCAUGGAAGCUUUGACUUGCAGACAGCGGGGCAGUGGGGCCGCCGAUGGCUGGCUGGCGUCCUGAACCAGUGGCCUGCUCGCCGCUUUCUUGCGAAUGCGAUGCGGCUCCACAGUGCUGCCUGAGGGCCAACACAGAGAAAAAAAUGGUGCAUUCGUCCAAUCAAUCCAUUUGCUGUACGUUCUUGUCGCUGACCUUUGUAUCUGAGCCUCGGCAUCUGCCAGGUGCCGUCGUCCAUGUCGGGCUGUAUCUCAUUGUUGGACUUGGCGGCCACCCGCUGCAGCACGUUCUUCAUCUUCUCUAUCUCAAUCGCGCCAAAGCCCUCCUCGCCCCCAAACUCCCUGUCGCUGAACACAAUGUCCAGCGCCAUACACGGCGCCCCCUUCUUGUCAAAGUCCUCUCGCACCGGACCGAUGGACGCCGACAUGUGCACGCCCGUCUGUGGCUGGCCUUGCUCGUCGAUGAACUCCUGUGUGUGGCUGGGGGGCAGGUGCUCCGACUGGCAGAUGUUGAUGAACAGCUUCAUGCCGCUCUUGAUGUCCUUGGUCUUGAGCACAAAGAGGGGUUUGGGCGUCACGGUGAUGCAUCCAUCUUCGUCGGUGGCCGCCUGGGACGGUGGAGGCUUCUGGUCAUGGCCAUUUGCGAGUGCGGACAUGAGAGCGGUGAGGUGCUCCUGCUGGUCUUGGGGCAUGUCGGUGGACGGCAGUAGAAAGGGGCUGCCGCCGUCACCACCCGACAGGCUUUCGUGCUUUUUGUUUUUCGCCAUUUUGCGGGUGAG